UCACUUGGAUAAUAACCCGGCGACGGCUAAAUCGUAGAACUGUAAGUAGGAGUAAGUAAUCUCCAAAUGGUUCUUUCGAUUCCAGUACCAAAUGUUCGAAAAGUACUUGGACGAAAUCAUAGCAUCGCUGCUUAGCUGGAAGAUCGAUAGAAAAAUGAUGGUCCCUGAAUCAGAUAUAGUAAAAUUAUUAAAGCAGGCUCGCCAGGUUCUUAUGUCAGAACCAAUGCUGUUACCUGUGGAGGCUCCUGUCAACGUGCUUGGAGACAUACAUGGCCAGUAUAAUGACCUCCUACGUUAUUUCGAGACAUCUGGGCAUCCCCCAACAAAGCGUUAUUUGAUGCUGGGCGACUAUGUGGACAGAGGAAAAUACUCGGUGGAGACCCUAACGCUCUUGCUGGCAUAUAAAGUGCGUUAUCCGACGAGCAUACACUUACUACGAGGAAAUCAUGAAUCAGCGGCUAUUAAUCGCUAUUAUGGAUUUUACGAUGAAUGCAAACGGCGUUUUACUAUACGCCUAUGGCGGAUGUUUGUAGAUUGCUACGACUGCCUUCCGGUGGCUGCAAUCAUUAACUCAAAGAUUUUCUGUUGCCACGGAGGACUAAGUCCAUCUCUACACAAUUUGAAUGAUAUUCAACAUUUACAAAGACCAGCGGAAGUAGACAGGAACGGACUUCUAUGCGACUUGCUUUGGUCGGAUCCAGAUCCAACUGCCAUCGGUUGGGAAAAGAAUUCUCGGGGAGUAAGCUUCACCUUUGGGGUUGAUAUCGUAGAGGCAUUUUUAUCACGUUUUAGCUUUGAUCUGAUAUGUCGUGCUCAUCAAGUUGUUGAAGAUGGUUACGAGUUUUUUGCCAAACGUCAACUAAUAACUGUUUUCUCGGCCGUUAAUUAUUGCGGGGAGUUUGAUAAUGCCGGUGCUAUGAUGUGUGUGGACGCCGAGCUAAAUAUAACGCUGGUAGUGAUGAAACCUAAGAAACGGAUAGCUAUUUCAACAAAGCAUGUUGUUGAAAAAUUGCCUGAAUAUUUGUAAUUUAGUAAAGCAUUAAGGUAUACACAGGUGUGGAACACAAAAUAUAUUUUUGAA